UUUUGUUUGUUACACGAACCUCAUCUGCUCAAAACAAGUCGUACACCACUCGCGCUACAGUACAUAGGGAACGCUAAACUCGCUUUAGUUCUGGUUGUGUGUGAGGAAUAGUACGGAUAUGUUUAACACCUAGGGAAUCCGUUAAAGUACUAACAAGAGGAUUCCAUUACUGUCACCAUCAUGGGAUACACGGAACGGCUGAUAGCCUGUUUCAUCAUUCUCGCGUGUGCUUCUAAAGUUCGAGCACAGUGUUCCGGGUCACCCACGGAUAUCACUAUAUCAACCUAUGAAAUAGGUUCAUUUACGUAUCCAAGCAGCGGGUUGUACACACAAAACCUGAACUGUGCCUGGUUACGGAACCCAUCCGGUUCAAGCAGUGAAGACUUUCUUAUGUAUGUGUCGAUUACCCAGUUGACAGCUAACGACAUACUCACCAUUUAUAAUGGUACAGACAACACGGGGUCCAAUUUGUACACAUCUCCUAAUUCGGGCACAUCAAGUCUAAGCUUUACCCUUAUCGCCACUUCCGGAAACGCCUACAUCACUUUUGUAUCUGAUGGUACGGGGGAUGCCAAUCAGCAUGGUUUUACCAUCCAGUACAUGACCGCAUCGUCCAAUUCCGCGGCAGGUUGCAGUUCGCCCGCGAGUUUAACAGCUACGGACACGACACAGUACCUAACGAGCGGCAAUUUCCCAUCAAAGUACUCCUCAGACAGCGACUGCACCUGGUCGAUCAGCACACAGGAUAGCUGUGGGAGUAUCGUAUUAGACUUCAUCUAUAUCGACAUAGAGUCUGAUUCCACCUGUGACUACGAUAAAUUAACAGUCACAUACGACGGAAGUUCACAGCCAAAUCUUUGCCCUACGAAUGAUUGGAAUUCCGCAUCCGACCACAGCACGACGGGUACAUCAGCCAGCAUAAAUUUGGUGUCAGACAAUGGCCAAGAACAUCAUGGAUUCGUGAUGUCUUAUACCAGAACAGGCUGUGCAACUUCUACAAGCAAUGGGGCGACUGCUAGCACUGGGGCGACUUCUGAAGAGGGCGCGGAUCCUGGAUUGAUUGCAGUCGCUACGGUAGUACCCGUGGCAGGUGUGGGUGCUUUCGGAACACUUUUUGCGUUAAAGUUAAAGAGCAUGAUCGGCUCAAAGGCAUCUGUUAAACCAAGUACAACACAAAAUGGAGGUGAUAUUAAAAAAGGAGACGGUCAAACAGCAACAUUAACAGAGGCAGAAAACGGAACUGCUCCAGACUAGGUAGAAUUGACCAGACCUCGUCAGUCUUUGUACAAUUGUAUUACGUUAUAUUAUAUUUUAGGGAUCAGAUGGUCAGUAUAAGCCCUGAUCAUUGUAGUUUAUCUGUCGUUGUACGACGUAUAUUUGAAAUUGUCAAAUUUUGACUUAUCCAAAUCCAUCUGGAAGGUUAAAUCUAAAUGUAACUGAUAUGGAGUUGAUUGUAAACAGUGAUAUAUCUCUUACAUAUGGUAGGUACAACGUGCCGGCGAAGUCGGUGAUUUUCAGACAGUUGAUACAGUCGUCUGUUUUAGCCUUAAUGCUCCAUCCUAUUGAGUCAGUACUAUAAUUGACUUUUAACCAAAAUAUACAGGAAGUGUUUCUAAAAUAUUACUGACCAAACAGUGUCGCUUUUUCGAUUUGUUCGAAACACCGUAUUUACCGACAUAAUUGACCAUGAUUUCAUGAAACAUUUUAACUGCACAGAAAAAAACACCUAACGGAGAUGUGAAAACGAAAUUGAUCAAAGAAAUAUCGGAAUAAGAUUAUAGGUUCAAACAAAAAAUCUGUUGAUAGAUCAAUAUGACCCACAUAAUUAUCUAUCUCCUUUUAAAACGCUUUUUAAAAUAAAGGAAACAGUUAAGCAAUGAAACACUGAAAAUCAAGCAAAAUGACACGCUUCAUUAUAGUAUUACCAAGAGUAGAUCAAACUAAAAAUGCUAAUACAAAAUAUAGAAACAUACGUAUUUGUUACUCAUUGACGUCGUCGAAUGUACAUCUCUAGAUGAUAAUCAUCACAGCAAUCAAUAACAAUAUACCAAAAAGGUUUUGGAGAACAGGACUGACAUUGUUCUAAUGAUUAGUAGUCCAGUCCAAAAUCGACCUCACCGUUCCUACAAAUGGCACGCUUUUAUCUUUCUUAAUUUUUUAAUGAACGAGUUCUUUACCAGGAGAGGCGAAUGAUGUUAUAAGUACGUGAUUGUGAACUAUACACGAUCCCGAUGACUUCGAGUUAACGAGGUUUUUGGUAUCUCUAAAGAGAAGUGUUCUAAAAAUCUCUCAUUGACACGAUAUUUACACGUACAUGGAUGUUUCCGUGAAUUCUUUUAUACAUCUUGUAACAUUUACAAUUAGGAUGUAUAUUUUAGCAGCAAUAAGGUUUAAAGGAAUUCGGCAAGUAUUCACAGUCCAAGUUGCUUCACGUUUUUUUAAUAUAUUAAUAUAUAUUGUUCAACAAUAUAUACAAUAUACCUUUUCCGUUUCUGUCCUAUUUUAUUUUUUAUUUUAGGAAGUAUGCUGCUGUUACGUAUCAAUCCUCUCUAGCCAAUAGUUCAGUUCGUAUUGCCGUAUUUACUUAUACGAAAUUAACUCUUGGCUCGCGAAAAUUAAUUGUGUUUAAGUUUGUGGUUUGGUGUCAUUUUUUGUACUGUUGUUAUAUUUGAUUUUGUAUACAUGGUUAACAUUGUAUUAGACUUAAUGCGUAUUCAUUCGGUUUAUUAUCCCCAUGUUUUCCUAUAAAUAAAAGUUCUUCAAUGUAUGUUCUUGUCAAUAUUUGCACCGAGUACCUAUAACGUCGAUCUAAUUCUGAUAUCUAUAGAAAAUGAUAUUGUAGAAUAGAAUAUAAUACUUUACGAAUACUGUUUCCAAGCACCAAUGUGCAUUAUAUUCAAGUCCAUCUCCGAAUAUCAAAUAAUGAUAUCUCCGAAUGUCAACUAGAAUGUAAAUGUAAACUUUAUCUAUUUACAACAAUUGCGAAACAAGUUGAAUCAACUUAUAUUAAUCACGCGUGUUGGGCUGGAUAGAAGCGCGCGACACGUCUUACUGUGGUUGGUCUAGGUGAAAGGCAAGCGUAUUAUCACUGUGCCAACCUACCACUUAAAUUAGCGAUAGGCGGCGUCAUGUAGUCGGAAACCAGCAGAAAAACACUAACUAUAGUCGAUGAGACAAAACUAAGCAAUGGGCGGAGUCAUGCAGUCGACCAACCAGUAACUAAACUAGCUAAAAAGAUAUCUGAGUAUGGAGAGUGGUUCAUUGGUAAAUUGACCAUAUGACUCAACCUAUUAUUAGGUUUCGUCUCAGCGACAAUAUAGUAAGUGUUCUGUCGACACGAAAAGACAGAAAUAGUUCGACUAAUGGAGGACUAUUUCACCUCAGCAGAUAUGACCAGUAAUGAUUCCGACGAGUUGCUCUUCGUUGAAAUGAAAUAAUCUUUUAUGUUUGGGUCCAUCUUUACACUGAUUUAUUUCUUCAAACUUUAGACACAUUAAAUCUGACUCUAAAGUUAUCAUACUUCGCAGUUUUGAUAUUUGUUCAAGAAACAGAAAUGCAUGUAUUUAAUUAUAUUUCCCAUACCUCAAUCUGUUGAGACGUUUAAAAACAGGAGCAAUUAUAUUUAAUCCAACGGGGAUAGUCACAAUCUCAGUCCGGUUUCGGGUCGUAAUCCUCUAUAGCCGUCCGUGUGAUUUACCACAUGGAUUUUAUAGAAUCUCAAACAUCAGUAGGUAAUUAUCAUAUUCUCAUAUAAUUGCCCUGAUAUAAUUUCAUCUAAAUAUCCCUUGAUUAUGGAAUCCUGUCAUGACUCGCCUAUAGCCCAAUGUCAAAAUAUUAAUUCAUUCGGCUGUAAAAUAUUUGGAGGUGGUGAUAAUUGACAGAUUAUUAUCUGGAGAAGUAACUGUCUGCAAUGGCAUAAAAAACAAAACACCAGAGACUUUAAUUCAUUUGUCUAAAAAAAGCACUUCAUUCACAGCUCUCAUAAAAUGUCAUUUUGAUUUUACGUUCUUCUUGGUAUGACGUUUUUUUUUAAUUACAUGAAAAUUACAUUUCUUGGUAUGACGUUUUUUUAAUUACAUGAAAAUUACAUUACCCCUUACUUUUUGCGGCUACGAAGAAUAAGUUUCCAGGUCAAGGUGAUAUAAAAAUAUCAACAGUAAAUAUAAAUGAAUUUGAUGGUGUCUAUGUCUACGUUUGAGCAUAUACACAAUUUACAAUUUUGGAUAUUCCUUUUUUCUGUAGUGGCAAAUCAAAUAAUACAUUUCCAGAAAAUACGCAUGCGAUAACUAUUUGAGUACCAUAAAAAUUAAUAUGUAAUAAUAUUUUUGCUUGCUACUAUAAAACAAAUCACCCCGCGGCUGGCGUCGGCGUCAGUGUUGGUUUCAAAAUAUUACGUUUCGGUGAAAGUGGUGAAAGGCAUCGGAAAACUUCUUCAUAAUUGUACUAAAGUACUGAUAUUUGGGUUGAGAGUUGUCGUAGAAGUUAAAUAUUAUGUCCCGGAGUCAAAAAUGCUUCAUUUUCAUAAGGCUAAAUUCAGUGUUGUUUUUUUUUUACAAUGCUAAGCCUUAUUAAUGCCUGUUCUACCUAUUAAUAUUCAUAAACAUUUUCUGUUACAUGUUCAAUAUACGUGUGUUGCAAUAUAGAUUACGGUAAGUUGGUAAAUAACUCUACUAAUUCUAGUGAAAGGUAUAACGAUAUACGAUGUUAGGUGAACUCCGUCCGAUGUUUUUACUCCAUAUUUUUUAAAGGACCCAAACCGAAAUAGGCCAUUUUGUGGCAUUAUGGGUAUUUCUAGGUAAAUGGCAUGUACAUACCACUCAUACUAAGUCUUGUAUAUUGCAAGUAUAUAUAUAUAUAUGUAUAUCUACCGCCAUGCUUAAAAUAGCCUGCCUGUCUCAUUUUGUUGUGCUGUCUUCCUAUUUUCAUAUGGUAUAGGCGUCAUGUUUUUGUACUCAAAAUUGCUGUGAUAUGUUAUAGAUCGACCUGGAAAAACUUGAGCACCAAAUACAAAUAUUCUUAUACUCAGUCUUAAUACAAAAUGUUCUUUUUAUUUUCAAUCUGAAUCGUGAUCUUAAUUGUAUGCUUUAAUCUAAAAUGUGAUAUCAUGUUUUAUAACAUUUUACCUGAAUAAAUAUUAUUAUCGUUAUCAUGAAUUAAA